GUCAGUGCGUCUCCAGCUAGGGAGAGCUUCAGUGCUUCACGUAGAUUUACACUGGGGUAGAGAGGAGAUCCACAGGUCACUCCGGCUAAACCGCACUGAGCCUUGCUCCUCCCUCCCUCUCCACCUCUCUACUCAGCAAUGUCUCGACGGAAACAGCGCAAACCCCAGCAGUUAAUCUCCGACAGCGAAGGUCCCAGCGCAUCUGAUAACGGUGAUGCCAGUGUGGAGGACCACCCCCAAGUCUGUGCCAAAUGCUGCGCGCAAUUCACUAACCCGACAGAAUUCCUCGCUCACCAGAACGCAUGUUCCACCGACCCUCCAGUAAUGGUGAUAGUCGGGGGCCAGGAGAACCCCACUUCAGCCUCCUCCGAACCCCGGGCCGAGAGCCACAGUAGUCCUCAGGUCAUGGACACAGAACACAGCAACCCUCCAGAUUCUGGGUCCUCUGGGCUCACGGAUCCCACUUGGGGACCAGAGCGGAGAGAAGAAUCUUCUGGGCAUUUUCUGGUCGCUGCCACAGGUACAGCUGCUGGCGGAGGUGGGGGGGUGAUCUUGGCCAGUCCCAAACUGGGAGCAACCCCAUUGCCUCCAGAAUCCACCGCAGCACCCCCUCCUCCACCACCUCCUCCUCCACCCCCUGGGAUAGGCAGUGGCCACUUGAACAUUCCUCUGAUCUUGGAAGAGCUGCGGGUGCUACAGCAGCGCCAGAUCCAUCAGAUGCAGAUGACUGAGCAGAUCUGCCGCCAGGUGCUGCUGCUGGGCUCCUUAGGGCCGACAGUUGGCGCCCCUGCCAGUCCUGCAGAGCUUCCUGGGGCAGGAACUGCAUCCUCCACCAAACCCCUACUGCCCCUCUUCAGCCCCAUUAAGCCUGUUCAAACUGGCAAGACACUGGUACCUUCCUCCUCCUCUUCCUCUUCCUCAGGGGCAGAAGCACCUAAACAGGCUUUCUUCCACCUUUACCACCCACUUGGAUCACAGCAUCCCUUCUCUGCUGGAGGGGUUGGGAGAAGCCACAAGGCCACCCCUGCCCCUUCCCCCGCCCUGACUGGCAGCACAGAUCAGCUGAUUGCCUCCCCACAUCUGGCUUUCCCAGGCACCACAGGACUACUGGCAGCAGCACAGUGUCUUGGGGCAGGACGGGGCCUUGAGGCUGCUGCCUCCCCAGGGCUCUUGAAGCCAAAGAAUGGAAGUGGUGAGCUGGGCUAUGGGGAAGUGAUGGGUCCCUUGGAAAAGCCUGGUGGAAGGCACAAAUGCCGCUUCUGUGCCAAAGUAUUUGGCAGUGACAGUGCCCUGCAGAUCCACCUUCGUUCCCACACGGGUGAGAGGCCCUAUAAGUGCAAUGUCUGUGGUAACCGCUUUACCACACGAGGCAACCUCAAAGUGCACUUCCACCGACAUCGGGAGAAGUACCCACAUGUGCAAAUGAACCCACAUCCUGUUCCAGAACACCUAGACUACAUCAUCACCAGCAGCGGCCUGCCUUAUGGUAUGUCUGUGCCACCAGAGAAAGCUGAAGAAGAUACAACCAUACCAGGUGGAGGUAUUGACCGCAAGCCCCUGGUGGCCUCCACCACAGCACUCAGUGCCACAGAGAGCCUGACACUGCUCUCCACUGGUGCAGGCACAGCCACGGCUUCUGGGCUCCCUACCUUCAAUAAGUUUGUGCUCAUGAAAGCAGUGGAGCCCAAGAAUAAAGCUGAUGAAAACACUCCCCCGGGGAGCGAAGGUUCAGCCAUUAGUGGGGUGGCAGAAAGUGGUACAGCUACUCGAAUGCAGUUAAGUAAGCUGGUGACAUCACUACCAAGCUGGGCACUGCUUACCAACCACUUCAAGUCCACUGGCAGUUUCCCCUUCCCCUAUGUGUUAGAACCCUUGGGAACUUCUCCCUCCGAGACAUCAAAGCUACAGCAGCUGGUAGAAAAGAUUGACCGCCAAGGAGUGGUGGCAGUGGCCUCUACUGCCUCAGGGGCCCCCACCACUUCUACCCCUGCGCCUUCAUCCUCAGCCUCUUCUGGACCUAACCAGUGUGUCAUCUGUCUCCGGGUACUGAGCUGCCCUCGCGCCCUACGCCUGCAUUAUGGCCAACAUGGAGGAGAGCGACCAUUCAAAUGUAAAGUGUGUGGCAGAGCCUUCUCCACCAGAGGCAAUCUGCGUGCACAUUUUGUGGGCCACAAGACCAGUCCAGCCACAAGGGCCCAAAACUCCUGCCCCAUCUGCCAGAAGAAGUUCACUAAUGCUGUCACUCUGCAGCAACAUGUUCGGAUGCAUCUGGGAGGCCAGAUUCCAAACGGUGGUACCACACUCCCUGAGGGUAAUGGGGCUUCCCAGGAGAAUGCUUCUGAGCAGUGUGCAGUCCCUGGGUCAGGGAGCUGCCCCCAGCAGCAGUCCCAGCAGCCAUCAGCAGAAGAGUUGUCUGAGGAUGAGGAGGAAGAUGAAGAGGAGGAGGAAGAUGUGACAGAUGAAGAUUCCCUAGCAGGAAGGGGCUCAGAGAGUGGAGGUGAGAAGGCAGUAUCAGUUCGAGGUGACUCAGAAGAGGUAUCUGGGGCAGAGGAGGAGGUGGGAACAGUGGUAGCAGCGCCUGCAGCAGGGAAGGAAAUCGACAGUAAUGAGAAAGCUACUCAACCGGCUUCUCUGCCACCACUUCCACCUGACAGCCUGGAACUUCCUCAGCCAAUGGAGCAAGGAAACACUGAUUUUACAGGAGACAUGAAAGAGGGGACCAAACUAGAGAGAAGCUCAACCCCAGUAACAGCACUCAGCCAAGAAGGGGAAGGCACUGGCACUUCCCUGAUGGAGGACCUGAGCUUGCAGGAAGCUAUGAGAAAGGAGCCGGGAGAGAGCAGCAGCAGCAGAAAGGCCUGUGAAGUGUGUGGCCAGACCUUUUCCACCCAGACAGCUCUGGAGGAGCAUCAGAAGACCCACCCCAAGGAGGGGUCGCUCUUCACAUGUGUCUUCUGCAGGCAGGGCUUCCUUGAGCGUGCUAUCCUCAAAAAGCAUAUGCUGCUGGCUCACCACCAGGUACAGUCCUUUACAUCCCAUGGCCCUCAGAAUAUUGCGGCUCUUUCCCUGGUCCCUGGCUGUUCCCCUUCUAUCGCUUCUCCAGGUCUCUCCCCUUUCCCUCAAAAAGAUGAUCCCACGAUCCCAUAAGCCUGUUUUUUGUUUUGUUUUGUUUUUGAUUCUGCUACUUUUUGACCCAGGGAGCAGCAGCUGAGGGUUCCAUAGUAGGACCUCCAAGAUUUACGCACUCUUAUGUUGUCUUUUUCUCUGCAUUCUUACAUGGUAAAUCUGUAGUGCUUUUUCUCUAGUCCCUAAGCUUAGAAAUUGUGACGUAAAAGGGUAUGAUCCCUUAUGCUACUUUUAGCCCCUUUUAAUGACCUGAAGAAAAUAGAUUCUGUACACACUACAGCUUUCACAUUCUCAAAGGAGUGCCUCUCUUCUUCCUCUCUUUCCUUUUGGCACCUGAGCCAGCAGCUAUCUCUGAAGGGCCCAGUGGCACUCCUUAGUGGUGACCAGGUCUCUCUGCAGGACUUCUUGUCCUAGGCCUUCUUACAUGUCUUGUGGGAGGUGAAUUCUGUACCUUUCCACAACUAGCAUAGCUUUCCUGUCCUGUGGCCUACCUGCCAAACCCAGAGUUGCAGAUCCACCUCCACCACUACUUCAGGCCUGGCUCUGGCAGUGCUGUUCUACCAACAACAGGAUCUAGAGAGGCCUCGGAGAAGAUAGUACCCUUCCUCCUAUUUCAGCCUCCAACAUCCAAGGCAGUGCCUGUGAAGCCCGCCAGAGAAAAUAAGUAACAAACUAAAUUCCUUCUCCCUCCCUCUGCUCCAGAAGCAGUGAAGAUGUUUUAGUAAUUAGUGGCUCAACCACAGGAGAUAAGGAGGAAUGAAGGGCUUGUUGGAACACUCUUUCUAGUAAAUCUUUGAUUUGUCCCAUUAAGGCGGAGGUGUUGGUUGGUCGGUAUCUUAUUCAUCAUAGUCUGUCAAAUUUGGGGGAAUAAGCAGGUUAUUUUUACCAAAAGGUCUCCCAUGAGACAUUUUGGGAUAUGUGAAGUUUAUGUCAUUGAAGAACAUUGUUGGUGAUAGUCAUUCAUGAAGUAAUGAUGGAGAGUUGAGGAAUGUUGUUAAAGCAUAGGGAUUGCUCGGAACCUAUGUGAUGAGGAAAGGGACUUGAUAUCAGGGAGGGGGACUUGAAUUCUUGUGAAUGUGAACGUUCUCAUGAAUAUUCCUUUGGCUUAUAGUGAGUGACAUAGUGUGCAACAGUGCACCAGGCAUCAUGGGGGAUUUCCUAGCACUAGUGUGCUUCUAGUUGUAGAUUACUCCCUCUUUUAUUCUUGGGCUCCUUGGAUUUUCCUUAUCUUCCUCUCAAAACCUCUUUCCAGUUUUGCCUGUUAAUGGACCAGAGCUUAUGUCUUUGCUUUUGUCUGGUUCUAAGAGUUCCAGACUUUGAGAGACAAGCUCCAGGUGGUUCCUCCCUGCUUUUCUGUCUUGUAAUGAGAUAUAGUGUUUACUCUUAACUAACAUAGGAUCAUUUGAAACAGUUUUGAGGAGGAGGCAAGAGGGUUUUGCUAUUGACUGACUUAAAUGGUGACUUAAAGUAAUGGCCUCCAGAACUUCCUAAUGUAGUGAAAUGUUAAGAGCAAAGAUGGGAGAUACUGGUAUCUUUCCUUUCAUCAUUAAAGGUGUUUUGGCCAAA